AUGAAAACAAAAGAUUUUUUCAAAAUUUCACCGAAAAAGAAAGGUCAUUCUGGUUUAAAACAACAUGAGGUAACCCUCAGUGGCGUCUCAGGGAGGAAGAAUCACAAGAUGGGUUUGCUAUCAAUUUUACGGAAACUGAAAAGCACCCCCGAUCAGGAGGUGCGGAUCUUGCUUCUCGGGUUGGACAAUGGUGGCAAGACCACUUUACUGAAACAGCUAGCAUCUGAAGACAUCACUCAUAUUACUCCAACACAGGGUUUCAAUAUCAAGAGUGUCCAGUCACAGGGAUUCAAAUUAAAUGUGUGGGACAUAGGUGGCCAACGAAAGAUCAGGCCAUACUGGAGGAAUUACUUUGAGAAUACGGAUGUACUGAUUUACGUCAUUGAUAGUGCAGACCGCAAAAGAUUUGAAGAAACAGGACAGGAACUGGCAGAGUUGCUUGAUGAAGAAAAGCUCAGUGGUGUUCCAGUCCUGGUCUUUGCUAAUAAGCAGGACCUGCUCACUGCGGCCCCAGCAUCUGAGAUAGCCGAGGGUUUGAAUUUACACACUAUCAGGGACAGAGUGUGGCAGAUUCAGUCCUGUUCUGCCCUCACGGGAGAAGGAGUCCAGGAUGGCAUGAACUGGGUCUGUAAGAGUGUGAACGCUAAAAGGAAAUAAAGCUGUGUACUUUCACUGUGGCUUUUGUCCCAGAACAUGCAGGGGGUUCUUUGGAAUGUUAAAACAAAGUUCAUGACUUUGAAAAACUGUCAGUAGAUAUAGGAAAUUAAGGCACCCCUUUAAAACUAUAUAAAUCUUCACCUUUGCCUCUCCUUAGAGGGCUAUACCAUGGUCAAAGGAAAGGAGCUCAAGUUAAUAUUUAUACACAGUAUCCAUCACUUGUCUUUUAAACUCAAAAAUAAAGAAUGCAAGUUCGACAUACUGUAACAUUUUAGUCGUAGGUUGGUGAUUUUGAAGAAUGGUGACAUGGUUUAUUUGGUACAUUUCAGAUCUUAAGUAAUUCUGUCUUCAUUCCUUGACAUGAAUCACUUAUGUUUUUAUAAUGAAUGUUAUAGUUAUUUAGCAGAUUUAGUUACUGAGACAUUAGUAGAACUGAGUGACUGCCUACACCAUUCCAUUCAAAAGCUUUCCUUCCAAACUGAUAUUUUUCAAUUCACUGAUAAAAAAUUAUUGUUACUCCAUAUUAGGUCAACUUUUUGAGUGUUUGUGUUUCUGAGAAUAUUUUUAUAAGUAACAGAAAAUACAAACAAGUACCCGAAUGCAACACAUCAGAAACAUUAAUAUGUACAAAAGAAAAGGGACCAUUGACAGAUAAACAGGAUAUGAAAUACAUUUUUGAUAAUGAAAUGUAAAUAAUGUUCCACAUAGCAAAUUAUUUUCUGCAUUUACUGUCGAUUUGUCCAAAUCCAGCAUUUUAAGAUUUCGUCGAGCUCUAUACUGUAAAAGGACUGUAAUCUAAACAGUGACAUGUACAAGAUGUCUCUUGUCAUUACACUAAGAAUAUUACCGUAGUGUCUUUGAAUGUCAUGAAGUGUGUGUAAUUUCUAAAGGAUACCGAGUAAAAUACUGAAAAAUGA